AUGGCACCUGCUCCUCAUCAGGAUUAUGAUGCAUACAAAAAGGAGCUUCCGAUCUUUGAUGUGAAGCUGUUCAACAAAUGGACCUUUGAACAUUUGCAUGCAAGUCUAGAGGAUUAUUUUAGGGGUGAUGCAACCAAGCAUGCUACUUAUAUACCGCUUACGGGCGGAAGGUACUCGGCAAAGCGGUUCAGCAAGGCUCAAUGCCCCAUUGUGGGAAGUGGUCCAAGAGAAGAUGCGACACGAAUUGGCGCAGCAGGUGUGGUUAGGAGGCAAGCUGUUGAUGUCUCUCCACUUCGCCGUGUGAACCAAGCAAUAUAUCUUCUUGUCACUGCUGAAUGUUUGGCUGAUGAAUUGAUUAAUGCUGCCAAGGGAUCUACUAACAGCUAUGCUAUCAAGAAAAAGGAUGAGAUCAAAAGAGUUGCCAAGGCUAAUCGUUGA